AAGGCAAUAAUGGUUGGGAUAUUGGAAACAUAAGUAUACUCACAUUUAUCAUCAAAGAAUAUCAUAAAUUCUAUUCUUUCUUUUUUAAUGAUUAUUUUAACUGGAAUUUUCUAUGAAUGGAAGAUGAAAGGACCUAUGCAAACGCAAAGCAAAGACUUUAUUAUUAUUUUUUUAACAGUUAAUAAGUCGAGGAGAGAAGAGAAGAGUGUGGCUCUUCUGUUUCUCUAAUGUGAAUGUCAUUUUCUUUCCUUUAAUGAAAAAGAAAUGCUUUUCCUUUUAAUCCAAUUCCAAUACUUGUACUAGUUUCCAUUUCUUGUUUCCUGCUUUUGGUUUUGAUGUAUGUUUCUUUUCUUUCUUGUUAAGAAACUACUGUAGUCCAAACCCAACAGAAACCUCAUCGUUUUUCUUCAUUGGUGUUUGCAGAUUAUUAAGGUGACAAAAGGAACAAAGCAAAAAACACUAUUUUAUAAGAGACGAGAGUGAGAAAGAGAGAUAUGAUGGAAGGGGAUUGUCCAAGCGGAAAGACUGCAAUUCUUACGGAUUCUGGUUUUAUUUCCACGGUGUUUUCAUGGUCCCUUGAAGACAUUAUCAAUGAAAAUCUUUUUGAGGUGGAAAAGAUCCCUCAAACAUUUGAAUCUGUUCAGCGCUAUCUUGGAUCAUAUGUACUUCCUCUAUUAGAAGAAACACGAGCACAAUUGCAUUCAAGCAUUGAGACUAUUUCCAGAGCACCGUUUGCUGAAGCGGUUGCCUUCUCAAAGGACAAGCCUCAUGGAGAGUUAUUGUAUAAUGUUAAGGUUGAUCAGUGGAAAAAUAGGUCUAGUGAUAGUCAAAAGGAGCCUUACAAAACAUUGCCUGGAGAUAUUUUGGUUCUAGCAGAUGCUAAACCCGAAACUGUCUCUGAUUUGCAAAGGAUAGGAAGAACAUGGACUUUUGCACUGGUUACCAAUAUCAGUGAGGAUAACAUACAGGGGGAGAAUGAAUAUACUGCUACUACAUCUACAAAUUUUAAAAUCCAGGCAUCAAAACAAGUUGAAGUUAGUGAUGGAAUGGAUAAAUCACUUUUUGUGAUUUUCUUGAUAAAUGUAACCACUAACAGAAGAAUAUGGAAUGCAUUGCACAUGUAUGGGAACCUGAAUAUCAUCAAGGAAGUUCUCUCUGCUCAUCCUGUGGUCAAGGAAAAUUGUGGCCUCUGUUCUAUAAGGAGAGCAGAAAUAUGGGACACAGAAUUGGGUACGAAUUUUUCAUCAGCAUUGAAUGUAUCUCAGACUGAGGCUCUAUUGGCUUGCCUUCAUAAAAUGCAGUGUAACCACAAGUCUUCUGUUGAACUCAUUUGGGGUCCUCCAGGGACAGGGAAGACUAAAACUGUUAGCAUGCUACUUUCUCUCCUUUUAAGAAUGAAAUGUAGGACUCUGACUUGUGCUCCAACCAAUGUUGCAAUUAAGGAAGUGGCGACUAGGGUCCUAAAGUUGGUGACAGAAUCUCAAAGAACAGGCUCAGGAGCUGAUGCUUUGAUUUACUCUGUGGGAAAUAUUCUUUUGUUUGGGAAUAGUGAAAGGCUUAAAUUGGAUUCUGCAAUUGAAGAAAUAUAUUUGGAUUAUCGUGUUGAAAAGCUUAUAGAAUGCUUUGCACCCUUGACUGGUUGGUGUCAUUGUUUAACUUCGACCAUAGAUUUUUUUGAAGAUUGUAUUUCUCAGUACUUUAUUUUCUUGGAAAACGAAAUGAUCAAAGAGAAGGAGAAUAAUCAUGAAAGUAAAAACAAAGAGAAAGAAUUCAGGAAUGUAGCCAAUGUUAGCAACCAGGGAAACAAAUCAUUUCUUGAAUUUGCAAGAGAGAGAUUCCUGUCCACUGCAUUACCACUGAAAAGAUGUGCCCUUAGUUUAUGUAUUCAUAUACCUGAAAGUUACAUUCUGAAGCAUAAUGUAGACAACAUUGUUUCACUAGUUGGGUUGCUUGGCACCUUUGGAACUUUACUGUUUCGAGAUGAUGUUAUCUCUGAAGACUUGCAGGAGCUUUUUUCACGUCCAGACUUAGUUGAAGAUUCUUCUCAAGGUUUUGCAGAAGUGUUAUUGCUGUUGUGCUUGAAGAGAGAUGAAUGCCUGCUGUUGUUGAAAACUGUUUGUAAUUCUUUGAGAAAACUUGAUCUUCCAAGUGCAAUGAGCAAGGGUUCGAUAGUCAAAUUCUGUUUCCGAACAGCUUCUUUAAUUUUUUGCACAGCAUCUAGUUCAUAUAAGCUGCAUUCAUUGGAAAUAGAGCCACUGGACUUGCUGGUAAUUGAUGAAGCAGCCCAACUGAAAGAGUGUGAAUCAGCAAUACCUCUACAAAUUGCUGGUAUUAGGCAUGCCAUUCUCAUUGGUGAUGAGUGCCAAUUACCAGCUAUGGUGGAAAGCGUUUCUGGUGAAGCUGGCUUUGGAAGAAGUUUAUUUGAAAGGUUGAGCACAUUGGGUCACUCAAAACACCUCUUAGAUAUGCAGUAUAGAAUGCAUCCAUUUAUCAGUCGCUUUCCGAAUUCCAGAUUCUAUUUUAAUCAGAUCUUAGAUGCCUCAAAUGUCAAGUGUAAAGUUUAUGAAAAACACCCUCUUCCAGGGCCAAUGUUUGGUCCCUAUUCAUUUAUCAAUGUGUUUGAUGGAAGAGAAGAGAUGGAUAAUAUUGGACAUAGCUGGAAAAAUAUGGUCGAAGUUGCUAUUGUGUUGAAAAUAGUGCGAAGACUCCACAAAGCAUGGAAUGGCUCAAACAAGAACCUUACGAUAGGUGUAAUAUCUCCCUAUGCUGCUCAAGUGAAUGCAAUUCGGGAUAAACUUAAUAAGAAAUAUGAAGAUAUUUAUGGCUUUUCAGUGAAAGUGAGGUCAGUAGAUGGGUUCCAGGGUGGAGAGGAAGAUAUCAUAAUACUAUCAACUGUGAGAGCAAAUAGUGGUGGAGCAGUUGGUUUUUUAUCCAAUCCUCAAAGAAUCAAUGUUGCUCUUACAAGGGCAAGGCACUGUCUUUGGAUUCUGGGGAAUGAAAGGACCCUAAUUAAUAGUGACUCUAUUUGGAAGGAGUUAGUCUUUGAUGCUAAGCAGCGUCAAUGCUUCUUUAAUGUUGAUGAAGAUAAGGAAUUGGCCAAAACCAUUUUAGAAGUCAAGAAAGAGUUUGAUCAACUCAAUGAUUUGCUCACUGGAGAUAGUGCAUUUUUCAAAAGUGCUAGGUGGAAGGUUCUUUUUAGUGAGAACUUCAGAAAAUCAUUUGGAAAGCUGUCAUCAGUCCGGAAAAAGACAUCUGCUUUGAACCUUCUACUUAAGCUUUCUAGUGGCUGGCGUCCUAAAACGAAGAAUGUGGAUUCAAUUUGUCAUUCUUAUUGUCUCCUGAAACAAUACAAGGUUGAAGGACUGUAUAUAAUAUGUUCAAUUGACAUAGUGAAAGAGAGGAUGUACACUCAAGUUUUAAAGGUUUGGGAUAUUUUACCAUUAGAAGAUAUUCCAAGAUUGGCCAAACGGCUUGAUGGCAUCUUUGGAAGUUAUACUGAUGAUUUUAUGAAUCGCUGCAAAGAGAAAUGUCUAGAAGGGAAUUUGGAAGUCCCUAAAACUUGGUCAACCUCUAUUGAUAUUGUUCGGUAUAAAAGUCUGGGCAAUAAUGAAGUGGGAAGCAAUUUGAGUUCUGAUGAUGGAUGUUAUGUGGAGAAUUCGAAAGUCACUGAUAGCUUGUUGCUGAUGAAAUUUUACUCCUUAUCUUCUGGGGUUGUAAGUCACUUGCUUUCUGAUCGUGAUGGUCGAGAACUAGAACUCCCUUUUGAAGUAACAGAUGAAGAGCUGGAAAUCAUUCUGUUACAGAGAAGUACAUUUAUCCUGGGACGAUCAGGCACUGGAAAAACCACUAUUUUAACUAUGAAGUUAUUUAAGAAAGAGCAAAUUUACCAUAUGGCCAUGGAAGGAUAUGACGAUGAGAAUGGCAAAACCUCCAAGGAGAUAUUCCUGAAGGACAGAAAGGUUGAUGAGACAAAAACUGCUGAAAGUAGCAUUGGAGGGGCAAAGAAUGCUGUUCUACACCAGCUUUUUGUUACCGUCAGUCCAAAACUUUGUUAUGCAGUGAAACAUCAAGUUUCUCAAUUGAAAAGGUUUGCCUCUGGUGGAAAAUGUUUUGUAGGGAGCAGUUCAAUUGAUAUGGAGGAUAUUGAUGAUACUGCACAAUUCAAGGAUAUUCCAGAUUCUUUAAUUGAUAUUCCUCCAGAGUCAUUCCCUCUUGUCAUAACUUUUUUUAAGUUUCUGAUGAUGCUUGAUGGAACAAUUGGUAACUCAUAUUUUGAAAGAUUCCCUGAUGCAAGGCAGCUUUUGCAUGGAAAAAUAGGAAAUUCAGGAUCUAUUGCUCUGCAAACAUUUAUAAGAACAAGGGAGGUUAACUAUGAUAAGUUCUGUUCAGUUUACUGGCCGCAUUUUGAUACCAAGUUGACCAAAAAGCUUGACUCUUCUAGAUUUUUUACAGAGAUAAUGUCUCAAAUAAAAGGUGGCCUGCGAGCAGGGGAGUCUCCUGAUGGUAGACUUAGCCGGGAGGACUAUGCUAUGUUGUCCAGUGGUCGAAAAUCCACUUUAAGUAAGCAGCAGAGAAAAACAAUAUAUGAUUGUUUUGAAGACUAUGAAAAGAUGAAGAUAGCAAAUGGUGAUUUUGAUUUGGCUGAUAUUGUCAUAGAUGUCCAUCGUCGGCUUAAAAAUGAAAAAUAUGCUGGUGAAAUGAUGGAUUUUGUCUAUAUAGAUGAAGUCCAAGAUCUUACCAUGAGGCAGGUUGCUCUUUUCAAACACAUCAGCAAAAAUGUGAAUGAAGGGUUUGUAUUUUCUGGUGACACUGCUCAAACCAUUGCCAGGGGAAUUGAUUUUAGAUUUGAAGAUAUAAGAUCUCUUUUCUACAAUGAAUUUGUCUUAGGAUCAUUAAGUGAAGGGGUGGAUGGGAAAGGUCAAAUAUCAAAAAUUUUUCAUUUGAGCCAGAACUUUCGCACUCAUGUUGGUGUUCUCAAGCUAGCUCAGAGUGUUAUUGACCUCCUUUACCGGUUUUUCCCUACAUUUGUUGAUAUAUUAAAUCAUGAAACUAGUCAGAUAUUCGGGGAAGCGCCAAUUUUGCUGGAAUCCGGGGACGAUGAUGAGAAUGCAAUUGUAACUAUAUUUGGGAACAAUGGUAAUAUAGGGGGCAGUUUUGUUGGUUUUGGAGCAGAGCAGGUCAUACUAGUAAGGGAUGAUUCUGCUCGGAAAGAAAUCUGUAAAUACGUUGGGAAGCAAGCUCUUGUUUUGACUAUAGUGGAGUGCAAGGGCCUAGAGUUCCAGGAUGUGCUGCUGUACAACUUUUUUGGCUCAUCACCAUUGAGAAAUAAAUGGAGAGUUCUGUAUGAAUACAUGAAAGAACAAAAUCUACUUGAUGCCAGUUCUCCACAAUCUUUUCCAACUUUUAAUCCAGCAAGACACAAUGUCUUAUGCUCUGAGUUGAAGCAAUUAUAUGUUGCUAUCACUCGUACGAGGCAGAGAUUGUGGAUUUGUGAGAACGCGGCGGAGUUUGCCAAACCAAUCUUUGACUAUUGGAGGAAGAAGGCCGUUGUUCAAGUCAGGAAGCUGGAUAACUCACUUGCAUUAGCAAUGCAAGUUGCUAGCAGUCCAGAAGAGUGGAAGUCACAGGGUUAUAAGCUUUUGCGUGAGGCUAACUAUGAAAUGGCAACAAUGUGUUUUGAAAGAGCAGGAGAUGCAUAUGGAGAAAAAUUGGCUAAAGCUGCAGGGCUUAAAGCAGCUGCUGACAAAAUGCAUGUUUCAAAUCCUGACACUGCUUCCAUUGCCCGUAGGCAGGCUGCUGAAAUCUUUGAAUCCAUUGGAAAAGCUGAUUAUGCUGCAGAAUGUUUUUACAUGUUAAAUGAGUAUGAAAGAGCAGGUCGAAUUUAUUUGCAAUGUGGGGAAUCUGCUAUAGAAAGAGCUGGAGAAUGUUUCUACCUAGCUGGAUGUUAUGAGUGUGCAGCAGAAAUAUAUGCUAAAGGCAAUCAUUUCUCCAAGUGUUUGUUGGCCUGUACUGAAGGAAAACUCUUUGAUAUGGGCUUAAAGUAUAUUCAGUACUGGAAACAACAUGUGAAAGCAGAUACUUGUAUGGUUAAGAAAAGCCGAGAAAUUGAUAGUAUUGAACAAGAGUUUCUGGAGAGAUGUGCACUUCACUAUCAUAAGCUGAAUGAUAAUAGAGCCAUGAUGAGAUAUGUUAGAGCUUUUGAUUCCAUAUCUUCUGUUCGCACUUUCUUGAAAAAAUUAACUUGCCUUGAUGAGCUUCUGUCAUUUGAAGAAGAGUCAGGUAACUUCCUGGAGGCUGCAAAUAUUGCAAAACAGAAGGGUGACAUAUUACUUGAAGCUGAUCUGCUUGGAAAGGCUGAACAGUUUAAGGAUGCAUCUUUGCUUAUACUUUGGUAUGCAUUUGCUAGCUCUCUGUGGUCAUCUGGGAACAAAGGGUGGCCGUUAAAGCAAUUUGCAGAGAAGGAGAAGCUUCUAACAAAAGCAAAAUCAUUUGCAAAGAAUGUAUCCAUACAAUUUUAUGAGUUUACACAUGUUGAGGCUGAUAUUUUAUUGAAUGAUCAGACUAGCUUGUUCAUGCUGAAACAGCAUCUGGAUGCUUCUCAGGGCCAUAAGAGUACCAGAGGUGAAAUAUUAUCUGCUCGAAAGAUUCUGGACACACAUCUUAAUGUAAAUCCUGCUAAAUAUGGGUGGGAAGAUGACAUGAUUAUUGAUCUAGUAAGGUUUUCAGAAGGUAAAAUCUCAGGAAAUCAAGUUUCUUCCGAGACACUGGUUUACUUCUGGAAUUUCUGGAAGGAUAAUGUUGUGAACAUCUUUAAGUAUCUGGAAAGUCUUGAGAAACGAGAUGUCAAUGAAUGUAGAAGUUAUGAAGAAUUCUGCUUGAAUUACUUGGGUGUCCGCAGGCAGUUUAAUAAUCUGGAUGCCGUCUAUCUUCUGCUGGUCCCUAAUGCAUAUUGGGUGAAAGAGUUGGACAAUCGCUUUAUGAAAAGCAAUGGGAAGUUCCUUUCUCUAGAUGUUAACCAGUUCAUUUCUGCUGCUCAAAGUUAUUGGUGUUCAGAAUUACUUUCUGUUGGCAUGGAUGUGUUGGUUAAACUUAAGGCCCUUUAUAACCUCUCAAUUAAGAAUUACUUGUCUCUCUUCUGCCAAAGCAGGCUUCUUAUUCAUAUCUAUGCAGUUGCAAAGUUUCUUUUGGGUUCAAAGUUUUUGGACCGUAGACACCAUGACAAGAAGGCAUUACUGGAAUUCGUUUGGCUUUCUACUGAACACUUGUUUGGCUGUAUUUAUCCUCUGCACUGGAGAGAAUCAUUGAAAGAGAAUAUGAUUUCUCUAAGGAGAACUGAAUUUUUCAGGAAUUUAAUUAAGGAAAAUACUUCUGAAACUGUCAGCUUUGCAAGUAUGCUGUCUUAUGGACAGCUUGGAAGGAUAUCAAAUGCGAUUCUUGGGUCUGGUAAGCUAUGUAAUGAGUUAUAUAAGAAGAUUGCAGAUGGUGUAAGAUGGAAUACAGCAUGGAUGGCAUUGAUUGUUGAUCUCAGUAGGAAUAAAGACAUUAACAUUGAAGGAGCAAAUGAAUUGUCUCUCAAGUGGAAGUUGCAUGGAGCUUUGGAAGAUGCAUACAAUGCCAACUGGAGGAAAGAAAAUGACUUUAUCUCACCUGAGUGCUUCCUAUACCUUGUUGAGCGCCAACUAAUGUUGUUGUCUUACUUCCGGGAUGACUUUCUCAUUACAAAGUCUGCUUUUACUGAAUGGCUUAUAUACCUGGAAUCUGAUGGCAGCUCAAAUUCCACUUUAGUGGAACAUUCACCACAAUCUGUCAAUUCCAUCCUGCAGUUUUUGGUUGAUGUUGUUCGGUACUUUCUUUACAACAUGAAAUAUACAAUGGAGUGGAUUAAAAAGUCUCGCACAAAUGUGAAGGACUACUAUGCAGGUGUGGUGUUGAGACUGGUUGUUAUAGCAUGUGUGCUUUUUCUGAACUUUGGUUUGUGUCGGGAUUUGCUUUUUGAGUUGCUGGGUAGGAACUACAUCACCAAUCAACUGCCAAAAGAACUUUUUGAUGCCCUUCAUAGAAGGUGGAAACAGCGAAAGUCUCUGAAUGUAAAUAUAGAUGUAAAUGUGUUGGCAGACGCUUUCAAAAAAAUUGGAAAUCCGCUGGUAAUUGUGAGUUGUGGUAAAAGUUCGAGAUUCUUAUGUCCUGAUGCCAUAUUUGUGGAUAUGGUCAACCAAAGCAAAGAAGAUAUGUUAACAGCUCUAUUUCCAAAUAUCAAUAAAACUUUUCAAGAUCAUGAAGGAUUUACUGAGUUGGAUGCUACUAGCUCAUUCAAGGGUGCAGAGUCUCUAGAUAAAUAUGAUCAAGGAAAAAGAUCCAAGCUUAGUGAGGACGGCUAUGGCCAGCUUUUGGAAAUAUUUGAAUUCUUAAAUUCGAUGAAUCAUGAAGAUUUCCGGAACCUUGUGGCAAAUGAUCCAACGGUUAAGGCAAAGGUUGAGAAGACAAUUCACCUUUUAAGUGCUGCAUUGGAUGAUAAUGCUACUGAGAAUGAAAAUGAAAGUCUGAAUAGGGAGGCUGCCAUUGUACUCGAUGAACUGAAGCAACUUUAUGCUGCAUUGGAAAUGAGCGAGUCGGAAACUGAGAAUGGCAUUAGAAUUGGAGAACUUGUUAGCAAGCUGAAAUCAAGAAGGGCAAGAGUGGAGGAUUUGAUGAAUCAAAUAUUCUUGCAACAAGACAAAAGCCCUGGAAAUGAACCAUCACAAACUGGCAAAUGCGAUGAAGAAGAAGAUGGAAACAGUAAGGCAUCAGAAAGUGUCAUUUCUGAUAAAGGAAAGGCCAUUGCUUCUCAGGCUAAAGUUACUUCUAGAAACCAAGGCAGUGGUGGCCAAGCAGAAAAUAGAGGGAAGGGAAAUAGUAUAAUGUCCAAAAAGAAAAACAAAAGGGGAAAAGGAGGUCGAAAAAGCAAGUAGGCCGAAACUAACUCUUGAGAGGCUAGGGCCUAGGGAAAUUUCAGAUGAUGUUUCUUUUAUAUGCUUUUGUAAAAAUGUUGGGGUAUCUGUAUGGCAUGGCUAUUUUAUUUCUAUAUGAAGUUGACCAUUAUGCCAUGGGGAUUGUAAAAGAACCUGCUUACAAAUAUUAAUAGUAAUACAACCUUUUAAGCUUCAA